AUGCUGUGGCUGCAUGCGCAGGGCCUCCUCCCGAUGGAGCCGCACCAGGCUUACGGGUCCCUGUUUGCGAAGGGCACCGGGCAUUUUGAUGUCGAGGUGGACUGGAGCAACGAGACCGUCGGGGUCAAUCUCGGUGAACGUCCACAUCAACGACGGCGCCGACGGCGCACCCAGGAACCUCCUCAACUUCGAGCGCGCCGGCCUGGCCCUGAUGCCGGGCGAGGUCGAUCCCCUGCUCGGCUCAUGGCGCUGCGCCCAGGCAGCUACUGGCGCUACGCCGCGCCGGCGGGCACCACCUCCCGAGUCCCCGGGCGCUUCGACCCGAGGGCGCCGCCGCGACGCAUCCGAGGACCGCCGGCCGUCGAGAGGGCCGCGGCGCCCGACGCGGGCCAGCGCCGCCGCGGGAGCGCGCGGCCGCUCACGAGCGCGGCGCUUCUCGCCGGCCUGCCCGCGCGGCGGCCCGGCGCUGGGCUGUCGCCAGCGGCUCGGGUGCUGCGGGGGGCGGUCUGA